ACUACUCGUGACGUAACUUGAUUCAUCGUCUUCGACCUGACACAGGAAACCCUUUUCAGCGAAUUCUUACGAAGCCUGCACUUUCGUUUUACCUUCGAUUAACAAAACUAAUAACCGGUUCAACCCUUAAGAAACGACGCUAACUGGUUUUGUUCGAUGGAGGAUUCCAGAGGACAACAUUUUUUCCAUAUCCUUUAGUGCUAAGGCAUAAAUACAGGUAUAAUUAUUACGUAGAGAACACUUUUAUACUUUGUAUGGUUCAGUGCUGUUUUAAAAUAUUUUUAAUGCGAUCUGGAGGAGAAUACUGAUUUGGAAUUUAAUCGACACACAGAGAAUAAAGAAACAAUUUAUCGUCAUGAAUAAUCUAGUCAUCAGUUCAAUCUUCCUGUACGCUGCGAUAUGUUGCGAUGCAACCUUAUGGGGCAGUUCGGAAACCAGAGAAACAAAACCUCCCGGUUAUUUACCCAUCUUACAAGUACGUAAAUAUAACGGUUUUCAAAUUAAUCCCGUCCAAGGAACACCUAUUUAUUUACCAAACGAACCGAGCCAGACGAAUAACAUCGAAGCUCAGUUGACAACGAAUCAACCGAACCAGAUAAAAAUCCUACAAUUAGAUACGAUCAGCAGGCUGGCUUCCUACCUUCCAGCGGACUUUGAUUUACAGGACAUGGACCUUAGCGAUAUAUUACCUUACGUUGAUUUAAUAUCCGAAGAUACUUUGGAACAAUUCAAACACGAUACUGAAACGAGUAAGAAGCCAGAGAAAUCAAAGAUUUUGAAAUUAAUCGCCUUCAUUAAAAGUAUCAAAGAGAAAAAACUCAAACCAUUCAAAUACGUCGCCAGUGUAGGUAGCAAUAUAAUCCAUAAAAAGAAAAACUGGAUUUUCGGUUCAGCUACGACCACAACUCCAGCUCCUUCGGUAACCUACCCUGCUCCUUCUUCUCCUUACUCUUAUAAUCCGUCUUUGACGCAAUUCGGACAAUAUUUCCCGCUUACUGGGGCAAGAUUCCCUCCUCUGCAAUCGUUCCCUUACUAUCAGCAGUAUCCGAUUUACUCUUACAAUCAACAGCAGCAGAAAAAUCCCAUCGAUAAUACGCCCAGUUUUCCUAGCGCUGACCAAUUUCCAUCCAGUUAUCCUGUUGUAAAUCUACCACUACAAUUCCAAAAUACAAAACCAAUUGAAACUCCAGCCGAACCUGCCAGUUUGCCUAAAUUCCCAUCGAGUAAUCCAACACCUGCUGCGGCUAUUCCAGAAUUUCAACAGAUCCCCAACAAUAAUAUCCAAUUCCCGUCCAACAGCUUUGCUUACCCAUCGUUACCUGCAGCUCAAAAUUCCGAACCGGCUAAAACUGAGGUAACUUACGAAUACAAACAACCUCCAGCUAGUACUUUUGUUGUCCACGAUACCAUUACCAAUGGUGCUAAUCGUCAAGUCGUCUCUUUCAAUCAACCCGAAUUACCUUCGACUGCCUCUCCUGCUGCUCCUCAAGCCGAACACUCGUCUAAUCAACAGUUGCAGUAUUCUUAUCGUAUUAGUCCAGCUUCCACUGUAUACAGUCCACCUCCACGGCAGCAACCAUCGUUGUUAAACGUACCAGCAUAUCAACCGAAUUCUUGGUACAUUCCAUCAUCGUACCAGAAUACUCAUCAAGAACCGAAUAAAUUUUACACAACGUCGUCGUCUAACGAUCUAGUCGCAGCUGGAUCCGAUGAUGUUGAAAAAAUCGAUCAACCAGUGAAACCAACGACCACGAGUAGCCGGAAUGAGGGCGAAACGGAAUCUGCCAAGUUAUUGGAUAGUGCUGUACAAGUAUUAACCAGUACUGAAACGACUUUUUCGAAAUCUCAACAAUCCGGACCCAAGAGGACUCAUUUGAGGCCAGUUCAAGUGCCAAUUGGUACGACGCCGUCGGUUGUUUAUCCCAGUUUACCCAAAGAAGAAAUACCUAAAGACGAUGUCAACAAAUCAUCGCCAGCAAUCAAUUCAUCGACGACGAAUUAAUUUUUUGUAAAAUGUUCGAAAAAGAUUCAUAAUAUUUAUAAUUAAGUAAUUUAUAAGCUUAUUUAUUGUUCAACUCAGCCUGCGAAAAAUAAAUUUUUUAAAAGAA